AUGAGGAGUGAUGGUGAUCCCUCAGGUGAUGGUGGAGGUAUGAGGAGUGAUGGUGAUCCCUCAGGUGAUGGUGGAGGUAUGAGGAGUGAUGGUGACCCCUCAGGUGAUGAUGGAGGUAUGAGGAGUGAUGGUGAUCCCUCAGGUAAUGGUGGAGGUAUGAGGAGUGAUGGUGAUCCCUCAGGUGAUGGUGGAGGUAUGAGGAGUGAUGGUGAUCCCUCAGGUGAUGGUGGAGGUAUGAGGAGUGAUAAUGAUUCCUCAGGUGAUGGUGGAGGUAUGAGGAGUGAUAGUGACCCCUCAGGUGAUGGUGGAGGUAUGAGGAGUGAUGGUGAUCCCUCAGGUGAUGGUGGAGGUAUGAGGAGUGAUAAUGAUUCCUCAGGUGAUGGUGGAGGUAUGAGGAGUGAUAGUGACCCCUCAGGUGAUGGUGGAGGUAUGAGGAGUGAUGGUGAUCCCUCAGGUAAUGGUGGAGGUAUGAGGAGUGAUAGUGAUCCCUCAGGUGAUGGUGGAGGUAUGAGGAGUAAUAAUGAUCCCUCAGGUGAUGGUGGAGGUAUGAGGAGUGAUGGUGAUCCCUCAGGUGAUGGUGGAGGUAUGAGGAGUGAUGGUGAUCCCUCAGGUGAUGGUGGAGGUAUGAGGAGUGAUGGUGAUCCCUCAGGUGAUGGUGAAGGUAUGAGGAGUAAUAAUGAUCCCUCAGGUGAUGGUGGAGGUAUGAGGAGUGAUAGUGACCCCUCAGGUGAUGGUGGAGGUAUGAGGAGUGAUAGUGACCCCUCAGGUGAUGGUGGAGGUAUGAGGAGUGAUAAUGAUCCCUCAGGUGAUGGUGGAGGUAUGAGGAGUGAUGGUGAUCCCUCAGGUGAUGGUGGGGGUAUGAGGAGUGAUAGUGAUCCCUCAGGUGAUGGUGGAGGUAUGAGGAGUGAUAGUGAUCCCUCAGGUGAUGGUGGAGGUAUGAGGAGUGAUGGUGAUCCCUCAGGUGACAGUGGAGGUAUGAGGAGUGAUGGUGAUCCCUCAGGUGAUGGUGGAGGUAUGAGGAGUGAUGGUGAUCCCUCAGGUGAUGAUGGUGGAGGUAUGAGGAGUGAUGGUGGAGGUAUGAGGAGUGAUGGUGAUCCCUCAGGUGAUGGUGGAGGUAUGAGGAGUGAUGGUGGAGGUAUGAGGAGUGAUGGUGAUCCCUCAGGUGACAGUGGAGGUAUGAGGAGUGAUGGUGAUCCCUCUGGUGAUGGUGGAGGUAUGAGGAGUGAUGGUGAUCCCUCAGGUGAUGAUGGAGGUAUGAGGAGUGAUGGUGACCCCUCAGGUGAUGAUGGAGGUAUGAGGAGUGAUGGUGACCCCUCAGGUGAUGGUGGAGGUAUGAGGAGUGAUAGUGAUCCCUCAGGUGAUGGUGGAGGUAUGAGGAGUGAUAGUGACCCCUCAGGUGAUGAUGGAGGUAUGAGGAGUGAUGGUGAUCCCUCAGGUGAUGGUGGAGGUAUGAGGAGUGAUAGUGACCCCUCAGGUGAUGGUGGAGGUAUGAGGAGUGAUGGUGACCCCUCAGGUGAUGGUGGAGGUAUGAGGAGUGAUAGUGAUCCCUCAGGUGAUGGUGGAGGUAUGAGGAGUGAUAGUGAUUGCUCAGGUGAUGGUGGAGGUAUGAGGAGUGAUAGUGAUCCCUCAGGUGAUGGUGGAGGUAUGAGGAGUGAUGGUGGAGGUAUGAGGAGUGAUGGUGGAGGUAUGAGGAGUGAUAGUGACCCCUCAGGUGACGGUGGAGGUAUGAGGAGUGAUGGUGAUCCCUCAGGUUCUCAGCUAAGGAUAGCACUGUGA